AUGGACGACGGAAGUGAGCAACCUGUCGCUUGCGCCUCUCGAACACUGUCACCAACUGAGCAGAAUUAUGCCCAGAUUGAUCGUGAAGGUUUAGCCCUCAUAUUUGACCUCCGCUAUUUUCACAAGUACUUAGUUGGUAGAUCAUUUACGUUAGUAACUGAUCACCGCCCGUUGGUCAAGAUAUUCGGACCCAAGGAAGGACUCCAAUACGUGCCAGGAGUUACAAAUGCAGAAGCGGACAUGUUGCCCCGCUUGCCGAUAGCUGUAAAUGUGAUUGACCACGAUGAACAGUCGUACCGAAUUGAUUAUUGUGAGAUGUUACCCGUAACAGCGCAAGACGCUGCCAGGGAGACCAAGAAGGACCCUGUACUGAAACGAGUGUAUGAACAUGCACUUAGGGGAUGGCCGAAACACGGUGAGACCGAAUUACAGCCGUAUCAGCAUAGAGCCGACCAGUUGACUAUCGUUGAAGACUGUCUAUUGUGGGGUAGUCGAGUUAUUAUUCCACACAUUGCGGAAUAA